AUGCCAAGGCCAUUGUUGCAACCUUUAACUCAUGGAUAUCGACGUAUACCAGUUCUUCAGAUUGGAUCAGAUAUAUUUGUUGAUACACUUUUAAUUAUAGAAGAAUUGGAAAGAAGAUAG